AAGGGGCCAGCAGUCUUUAUAGUAUCUCGUCGGUGACAUAGGUCUCAUGUUAAAGCAAUAAUAAACGAAUUUAGAUUGAAAAUGUAAAAAUGUACUGAUAAUAUCUCGCAUAAAUAAUAUAAAUGUGGACCCCCGCAUGUCGAACUAAUUCAUCGCUGUGUCGUAUUUUAAGUGUUCUGGCGGCACCACGAGCUUCCGCACAUGCCAGAACAAGUUAACCUGAAUGAAAAUAUGUUCUCUCCCAGAGACUCGGGUAAAUCGGAUUAUAUUAGUUUAAAUAUUCACGAGACCGCGUCGUCUGUACGUGGCACCUCGCGCAGUCUAUGGAGGCAAUGGAACCAAUUGUCCAGGUUUCAGAGAAACAUCCUAUACUUUGCACUUGUCACAGUUUUACUUGUAAUAGUUUAUCUCCUGCCUAGCGAAACCAAAGCUGGUACUUCUGACAAUGAAGUAGAUUAUAGUAACGUAGAAGUUAUACAAGAAACUGCCAAAUAUGAGAAGGCAGUUGAUGAAGUUGUUGUAGAUAAUGAGGAACAGGCUGCUGGACCUGGUGAAGUAAUCGAGGAACCUGAAUUUCAGCCAGAAAUCAAUCAAGUUGACGAUGAUCAAAUUGGUGAACCACCGCAGCCAAAGCCAAACAUUCUCAAAUUUAAUGGGUUUUCAGGCCCACAAAAUAGUAGGCAGCAAGCUGUAGUAGCGGCAUUUCAACACUCAUGGGAUGGGUAUAAAAAGUAUGCCUGGGGUCAUGAUAACGUGAAACCAAUGUCAAAGAGGUACCAUGAAUGGUUUGGCUUAGGUCUCACAAUAGUUGACUCCUUGGAUACUAUGUAUAUAAUGGGGCUGAAUGACGAAUUUACAAGAGCAAGGAAAUGGGUAGAGAAUAGUUUAGUGUUCACGAUGAAUAGGGAUGUUAAUUUAUUCGAAGUUACAAUUAGGGUAUUAGGUGGUUUACUGGCGGCGUAUCACCUCUCCGGUGAUAUACUGUUUCUAAAUAAAGCUAUGGAUUUAGGUGAUCGCAUGAUGCCAGCGUUUUCCACCAGAUCUGGUGUUCCGUAUUCCGAUGUGAAUCUCGGCACCAGAAGCGCGCACAGCCCCAAGUGGGGUCCCGAUAGUAGUACGAGUGAGGUUACUUCAAUUCAGUUGGAAUUUCGCGAUCUCAGUCGUAGCACAGGGCAACCUAAAUUUGAGGCUGCAGCUGCGAAAGUAUCCGAACAUGUACAUAAGUUAGAGAAAUAUGACGGCUUAGUUCCAAUUUUCAUCAAUGCCAACACCGGACUGUUUCGGGAGUACGCGACCAUCACGUUGGGAGCUCGUGGCGACAGCUAUUACGAAUAUUUAUUAAAGCAAUGGCUGCAAACUGGGAAAACCAUAGACUACCUGCGGAAUGAUUACUUGCUAGGUAUUUCUGGGACGCAGAAACAUCUCGUAAAAUACACUGCAGUGAACAAGUAUCUAUUUGUCGCCGAAUUAGUCGGCGCUAACAAAGAGAUAAGGCCGAAAAUGGACCAUCUCACAUGCUAUUUAGGAGGUACCUUAGCGUUAGGCGCGCAUCACGGACUGCCAUCGGAGCAUAACACUCUCGCGGAAGAGAUAGUUAAGACUUGUUAUCAGACAUAUGCGACUCAGCCAACGUUCCUCGCACCUGAGAUCACUUAUUUUAAUAUACAAAAAGUGGAAGGUGAAAAUCAAAUGGACAUGUACGUAAAGACGAAUGACGCUCACAACCUGCUGAGACCUGAGUUCAUUGAAAGUCUAUUUUAUAUGUGGUACUUUACGGGAAACAGGACGUAUCAAGACUGGGGUUGGCGAAUAUUUCAAGCCUUCGAGAACUAUACCAAAGUUGAGGAUGGCUACACGAGCAUCGGUAACGUACGAAGUCUUCACAAUACUCGCCAGCAAGAUAUGACGGAGAGCUUCUGGUUCGCCGAAACCUUGAAGUACUUGUACUUGUUAUUCGACGAUUCUAGACAAUUGAUCGAUUUGGAUAGGUGGGUAUUCAAUUCGGAGGGUCAUCCGUUACCAAUAUACGAAUCGUAACGCAGUACAGGCAAAAUACGUGCACGUGAGUUUAUUGGAUUUAUUGCACUUUAUUCUCCAUGAGAUAAUUUCUUGAAUCGGCCGAUCGAUCGAUCGAUCGUAACGUUUCUACGACAAACGCCUGUUAAAUCUAUCGAGCUCUCACGACCUCGACACGACGCAUUUCCUCCCCGUUAUGUCGCAUAUUACUCUUUUGCAAUAACGAACAAAAAGAAAUCGACGAUGCUCGCGUUACGAUGAGAUUACACGAGAUCAUAUGACGAUUUGACACCGCGUGUUGAAUUAUAACAUACAUCUUCCUUGAAGCAUUCCUUGAUACUCAUUUCUACGAACACGAUACACGCACUGCAAGGGUUUUUCAGAUUACUACUAGGUAGUCGUUACGUAAUUAAGGAUUUCUCAAAUUAUUAUUACGUAAUUACCGCCCCAAGAGGGACUACACAAAAAUGUAUCCCUUUUUUAGUUUAUCGCUAAAGACGGUCGAAGAGAAGACGCGUAAGAUUUUAGCUACGCCUACCAAAUGCCUAAACCUAAAUGAAUCAAUGAUAGACGCUAAUAGCAUCCUAGAUACUCUAAAUUGUGACACAUUCUGUGACUUGUAGGCAUACCGUUGAUUUUUUACUUAUCGACGACGAUAUUAGCCGGAGAGUACAUCUCAGCACAUAUUGUACUUACCAAUUUUACGAAACCUCCCGAGAUUCUGUUGCGAACAAAGUAAUUCUUACGAGAUACGUAUUUGCGGUAGAUUUUAAAACAAUGGACAUUAUCAUUUAGCGUCAACUUCCACAUUAAAUCCGUAUGUCGUGUAUAUUACUACAAAAAUAAUCUAGUCUGCAUCUAUUAGUAAAUUACGCUGUGUACUUGCAAUCUUCGACUACUACGAGUAUAAAUAUUUAUAUAAAUUCAUCGAGAUCUGUAUAAAUAUUUAUAUGGCACGUCGGGAGGCGCGUUUUCGCGCGGUUCCCGCUUGCAUCGGAAGUCGCGCGGCGUUGAUUAAAUCGAUAAACGAAAGCGGCGGGGCGAAGUAUCGUUUGGCGGAAUCGUCGAGAGUCAAUAGACCGGCCGGAUGGGAUGGAGGAAGGUACCAUAUGCGAGACAUGCAUCGCGCGACAUGCAAUCACAUUUUGCACAAUUUUGUAGUUUUUAACGACUUUAUCAUCCGCAUACGCAGGGAAGUCAUGAGAGGGGAAAACGAAAGACCGGGCGCGUUAUCGACGUGGCGUGGAGGCGAUUGAGUGAAAUAAACGUACACGGGCAUUACAAAAUAAAAUCCGAUUUAAUCAUCAGCUGCGCUAUUAUCAAAAUACGCUAUUGCUAGUUACUGACGCAUUAAGAGAUUGUUCUCGGGUUACUCCUCGUUUGUAAUAAACGCAUCCUUAUACGAAUAACAAAAAUACUGUUUUGACA